CUGUACCUAGCUGUUUGGAUAUAGUCAAGUAUAGUUAUAAAUCAAAUUAUAUAUAAAGCAUUCUACCUGACUUUUGUCAGUUUUAUCGGGUUUUAAUAAUACAUUUUAAUAAUAACUAUUAAAAUGUUUCUCGUUCUUUGCGUCACAUAUCUUGUUUUUUUAACACCAUGUCUUAAUAAUGAUGAACUUGAAGAACAUGGCGUUAAAUACGCUAAUCAAUGUGAAGCAUGUAAAAUUGUAGCUACCGAAUUAGAAGCAAGAUUAGAUGAAACAGGGAAAACGCAUGACAUACUUGAAAUUGGGUACUCUGUUGAUGAUAUCGUUCCUAAAAAAAGAAAAGAAUAUAAAAAAUCGGAAUUACGUUUAGUAGAAUCAAUGGAGAAUAUUUGUGAACGCAUAUUACAAUAUAAUAUUCAUAAAGAACGAACAGAUAGUACAAGAUUUGCGAAGGGAAUGAGUCAAACAUUUAAAACCCUUCAUGGCUUAGUGGACAAAGGUGUCAAAGUAGAAUUAGGAAUCCCUUAUGAAUUGUGGGAUAAUCCUUCAGUAGAAAUUACUACAUUAAAAACACAAUGUGAAAACUUACUUGAAAAUCAUGAACAAGAUAUCGAAGAUUGGUAUUAUAAUUAUCAAGGAAAAGUUCCUUUAAUGAAAUAUUUAUGCUCAGAUCGGGCACUUAAGGGACAGGAUGAUUCGUGUCUUGAAGAAAAAAGCGAUAUUGGGAAGAAUACUAUUAAAGAAGAAAAAAGGAAAACAAAGAAAAACGGUAAUACAGAAAAUGAAACGAGGAAUACAAAUGACAUAAAGGAAGAAUUAUAAUAUAAAAAAAAUGAAAUAAAUAAUGAAACGUGCAUUUAAUUCUUUAUAUUUGUUUUUAUAUGUAAGAUUUUUAUUUAAAUGAUUUACAAUAAUCUAUAAAUGGAUAUAUUGAAUAACAAAUAUUCAAAGAGUGCCAUGUAUCAUAACUGAUUUAAAUGUAAAUAAGUAUAAUCAUUUUUAUAUUACAAAAUAAACUGUGAUUAUCUGUCGUUUUAGAA